AAGGCAAACAACUAGUUAGUCAUAAUCUAAACGGGGGAGAGGUUGUGUCGUAAAUUUUUGUAUAGAAACGUUUAUUUGUAUUGUUUUUUACGUAUUUGAUUACUCUAGGUAAAGAAAUACACUUCUUGAUGAAUAAGGUUGAAAACUUUGAACUAUUACCGUAUUGAUUCGUGCAUUUCAAUCGUUUUUCUUGUGAUUUUAUACCAUUUAUACGAGUGUGUAAUCUUGUAUCGGCGAGAACUCAACGUUGUUGGACUGUGGUUGAAAAAAAUGUGAAGAAAUUGUGAUUUUGGUGAACUGUUGGUUCUAAUGAGGACCUUAUUUAUGACAUAAGGAGGGACAAAGUUAAAAAUAUGAAGUGUUUAGUAUUUCUUCUGCUGUUGCCGGCUUGUCUAGCACAUCUGAAUGUUUAUUUAAGUAGUGCUGAAGUAUGGAGACUACUCGGAUUAACAGCGGAACUGUUCUACGUUCGCGACGGCCAGAUCAACUCGUACGCGCUCAACUUCGUGGUGCCUGUGCCGGCCACCAUCAGCGAGCUACACUUUACCUGGCAGAGCCUCGCCAGAAGACCGCUGCCGUACACGUUACACGUGGAUGUGGCGUCGGAGCCGGAGGCGAUGCACCCACCGACCUUCAACAUCUCUAGCACGGGCUACGUGCCCACCGAGACGCAGACGUGGCGCAUCGAUCUGCCCUGCAUGGGUACCGUCGCCGCCGAGGUCAACAUCACCAUAUCGCUUAACAUAUCCACGGGCUCCUCUUCCACCAUCUUAAAUUUCCGGAGGCGGAAAAUAUGCCUCAAAGAAGCACCUCGACCUGCAGUCAGGGUCGAUAGCGUUCCGCACGCGCCGACUUCCGCAGAUAUAUUCUACGCGGGCGCAGGCUGCGCCGGCGGAGUGCUCCUGAUAGCCGCUGUUGCCGCGGUCGCCUGCAAGGCGCGAGCCCGCAAGCUGCGACGAGCGAGGAGCGAUGAGCAGGACGCACAUGCUUUCCUUCCGGACUCCUCUUGCAAGUCCGCCGCAAGCUACACCAGUUACCGCCGCCCCACUUCGCUGCCCGCCGUCGCCGCCGAGGAAAGGGCCAGAGACCUGCAGCAGAGGAUAGCGGAGCUUACAAUACAAAGGUGCCGUGUCAGGCUCCGCGCGGUAGCCAUGGAAGGGACUUUCGGCAGAGUUUACAAGGGCACGUAUGCCGACGAGGAGGGAAGGGAGCAAGAAGUUUUGGUUAAAACUGUAGCUGAGCACGCAUCACAAGUGCAGGUAUCGUUGCUACUCCAAGAAGGCUGCAUGCUUUACGGUUUACACCACGAGAAAGUGCUAUCGGUUCUCGGAGUGAGCAUUGAGGAUCAGACUGCCCCGUUCCUCCUGUAUCCAUGGAACAGCGGCUGGAGGAACCUGAAGCAGUUCCUGCUGGCGUGCCGUGGCGUGGGCGUGGGAGGCGCAGGAGGCGCACCCCCGCCUCCACCAUUGACCACCCAGCACGUGGUGCGCAUGGCGCUGCACGCGCUGGACGGCCUGGCGUACCUACAUUCCCAACACGUGCUACACAAAGACAUAGCCGCCAGAAAUUGCAUUGUAGAUGAAAAUCUUCGAGUUAUGAUCGCGGACAACGCGUUGUCUCGAGACUUGUUCCCCGCCGACUACCAUUGCCUGGGCGACAACGAGAACAGGCCCAUUAAGUGGCUGGCGCUGGAGUCGCUAUCCAGGCGGCAGUUCAGUCCGGCGGCGGACGUGUGGGCGCUGGGCGUGCUGCUGUGGGAGCUCACCACGCUCGCGCAUCAGCCUUACGCGGAGGUUGACCCCUUCGAGGUAGCGGCCUACUUGAGAGAUGGCUACCGAUUACAGCAACCAGCUAAUUGUCCUGAUGAAUUGUUCGCUGUGAUGGCGUACUGCUGGGCCAUGUCUCCUGAUGACCGGCCCACGCUGCCGCAGCUGCAGACAUUCCUGCGCGACUUCCACACGCAGCUGACACGAUUCGUGUAACUCUGUGCCACGGACAAACACAAUCCAAAGACAAUAAAUAGAGGCGAGUUCAAAAGGCAUAAGCUUGUGUUUACAGCCAGCCUUAUUAUAACAGAACAGUUACCUUGAGUGACUUAAAACUAUUGUGAAAAGUGUGUGCGAAAGUGAUCGGAGACCAUGUAUAGACUGAUUUUUAUAAAAGUGUUUAUAACAUUGUAAAUUAUAGAUGUUUUAUUAUCAAGCGACUGUCGUACUGUCUAUUUUAAAUGUACGUUUCUCGUGUUUAGGUCUCGUUGCGCAGUGUUAUAAACAAAUAGAGGAGCUUUUACGAGCUCGGCAAAUUUAUAACAUGUGCACAGUACGUGCGAAUUUUAAUAUAACACUGGCAACACCAACCUGUGUAACCAGACUAAAUAAAUACAGACACAUGAAAUUGUUUCACACAUUUUAAAUGUACCAACUGAUGUGGUUGUAUUUACAUAAAUACCAGGGCUUGUGAUAGUAAAAUAAAACCUUUUGAAAUCCAAAUAAAGUCUUAGUUAAACAGAUGGAAUAAAACUACACAUUGGUAAUGGUAAAUAUGAUUUAAAAUAUUUUUUUUUUGUUAUUAAACGUAUUGUAACUAGAUACCGUAGAUUUUCACAGCCAAACGUA